AAACCCUUCCCGCGUAGCUGUUGCAUGAAGCCUCGCUGGCGCCUGGGCCUGUUGGCCUGCGGCCUGGUGCUGCGCCCCAGCCUUUGGACCCGUGCCAUGGCGACCGCGGGUGACCGGGCGCCCAAGCGUCGGAAGGGCACGUUUGCUUCGGGCCAGACGCAGCAGUUUGCAGAGGUGGCCGGCGCGCUGGAAGCCUACUUUGAUGGGCUGCAUCGCUGCGAUGUGGAGCGGCUGAAGGAGGUCUGGCAUCCGGAAGGCCACCUCUAUGGCAUCGCGCCCAGUGGAGAUGUGGUGGACCGGAACGCAGAGACCUUCUUCGAUGGCGUGGCCAAGCGAAAGACUUCCGAGGAGUUGGAGGAGCAUGACAGGAUCAUCAGGCUGGACUUCGCCUCGCCCCGCUGCUGCGCUGCCAAGGUGCAGAUCGCGCUGCCCGCAGCGCCCACGUCGCCCACGCCAAGCCUCACGGAGGUGUUGUACACCGAUUUCCUCAUUUUGCUUCGCUUGAAAGGCCGGUGGCAGAUCAUUAGCAAAGUCUUCUCGGCUGUCCCUCUGUCGCAGCUCUGGUACACGGAGCCUUACGACACCUUAGCCUUCGCGGCCAGCGACCCGGUGAGGGGUGUCUUGGAAUACUUUCGUGGCGGUCACCUUUCGAGGCCUGACAUCUUGAGUCAGAACUUCCACGAGGUGGCGCGUCUCUGCUUCUCCAAUGCAGAGGAAGAGCUGGUCUGCUGGUCCAGGAGCGACUUCGCAGAGGUGCUGCGACAGCAACCGGUGACGGCCGCGGAAUCGGAGGCGCUGCGCUUCGACAAGAUCUUGGGCGUGGACAAGGCAGGCCCUGACGUGGCGUUGAUCAAAUUGCAGAUCGGGUAUCCACCUCUUUUGUACACCGACUUCUUGUCCAUGCUGCGGUUGCAUGGCCAUUGGUGGAUCAUUGCCAAGAGCAGCGACAGUGAAAGCUUCGAGUGAAAAA